ACUUGAGCCAAGGCCCAGGCGGAGCUGGCUUUUCUGGUUGGAGGUGGCAUGGGGAGUGCCCCCGGGGGGGGGCGGGGGGCUGUCCGCCAUCCUGCCCCUUUAACCACCGCCGGAGAGCCUGGAGCAGUGUGCCCUGGAUGCCCAGGGCCUGAGGAAGGAUGAUCCCGGUGGCUGAGUUCAAGCAGUUCACAGAGCAGCAACCCGCCUUCAAGGUGCUGAAGCCCUGGUGGGAUGUGUUGGCCGAGUACAUCACUGUGGCCAUGCUCAUGAUCGGAGUCUUCGGCUGCACCCUUCAGGUGACCCAGGACAAGAUCAUCUGCCUGCCCAGCCACGUGCCCAGGGAGAACACCUCCGAGAUGCCUUGCAGCGAGCCGUCCCGGGCGCUCCCAGUGGGGAACGGAGAGGCCCAGGAGCUGAACGGGCUGAAGAACAACCUGGACCUGCAACAGUACAGCUUCAUCAACCAGCUGUGCUACGAGACAGCCCUCCACUGGUACGCCAAGUACUUCCCCUACCUGGUGGUCAUCCACACCCUGAUCUUCAUGGUCUGCACCAGCUUCUGGUUCAAGUUCCCGGGCACCAGCUCCAAGAUCGAGCACUUCAUCUCCAUCCUGGGCAAGUGCUUCGACUCGCCCUGGACCACCCGGGCCCUGUCGGAGGUCUCGGGCGAGAACCAGAAGGGCCCCCCCGGGCGGGCGGCGGCGGGCGGCGGCCCCGCGGGCCCGGGCAAGGCAGGGGCGGCGGAGAAGGCCCCGGCGGCGGAGCCGGAGAAGGUGGUGACGGAGCCCCCGGCCGUCAGCCUGCUGGACAAGAAGGAGGGGGAGCAGGCCAAGGCCCUGUUUGAGAAGGUGAAGAAGUUCCGGGUGCACGUGGAGGAGGGGGACAUCCUGUACAGCAUGUACAUCCGCCAGACGGUCCUCAAGGUGGGCAAAUUCCUGGCCAUCCUGGUCUACAACGUCAUCUACGUGGAGAAGAUCCGCUUCCUGGUGCCCUGCUGGGUGGAGACGGCCGAGGUGACGGGCUACGCCAGCUUCUGCUGCAACCACACCAAGGCCCACCUGUUCUCCAAACUGGCCUUCUGCUACAUCUCCUUCGUGGGGGUCUACGGACUAACCUGCCUCUACACGCUCUACUGGCUCUUCCACCGCCCCCUGAAGGAGUACUCGUUCCGCUCCGUGCGGGAGGAGACGGGCAUGGGGGACAUCCCCGACGUGAAGAACGACUUCGCCUUCAUGCUGCACCUCAUCGACCAGUACGACUCGCUCUACUCCAAGCGCUUCGCCGUCUUCCUCUCGGAGGUCAGCGAGAGCCGCCUCAAGCAGCUCAACCUGAACCACGAGUGGACGGCGGAGAAGCUGAGGCAGAAGCUGCAGCGCAACGGGCAGGGCCGGCUGGAGCUGGCCCUGUGCAUGCUGCCCGGCCUGCCCGAUCCGGUCUUCGAGCUGAGCGAGCUGGAGGCCCUGAAGCUGGAGGCCAUCGGCGAGGUGACCUUCCCGCCGACCCUCUCCCAGCUGGCCCACCUGGAGGAGCUCAGCCUGCUGCACUCCCCCGCCAAGCUGCCCUUCUCCUCCCUGGUCUUCCUGCGCGACCGGCUCAAGGUGGCCCGGGUCCAGUGCGCCGAGCUGCGCGAGGUGCCCCCCUGGAUCUUUGGCCUGCGCGGCCUGGAGGAGCUGCACCUGGAGGGCCUCUUCCCCCCCGAGCUGGCCCGGGCCGCCGCCCUGGAGAGCCUGAAGGAGCUGAAGCUGCUCAAGAGCCUGUCGCUCCGGAGCAACGCGGGCAAGGUGCCCGCCAGCUUGGCCGACGUGGCGGGCCACCUCCAGCGGCUCAGCCUGCACAACGACGGGGCCCGCCUGCUGGCCCUGAACGGCCUGAAGAAGCUGGCCGGCCUGCGGGAGCUGGAGCUGGUGGCCUGCGGCCUGGAGCGGAUCCCCCACGCCGUCUUCAGCCUGGCCGCCCUGCAGGAGCUGGACCUCCGCGACAAUCAGCUGCGCUCCAUCGAGGAGAUCCUCAGCUUCCAGCACUGCCGCAAGUUGGUCACCCUCAAGCUGUGGCACAACCAGAUCGCCUACGUCCCCGAGCACGUGCGCAAGCUCAAGGGGUUGGAGCAGCUGUACCUCAGCCACAACAAACUGGAGACCCUCCCCCCGCAGCUGGGCCUCUGCACCAACCUGCGCCUCCUGGACCUCUCCCACAACGGCCUCAGGGCCCUGCCCGCGGGCAUCGGCCUCCUGCAGCACCUCCAGCACCUGGCCGCCUCCUACAACGCCCUGGAGGCCCUGCCCGAUGAGCUCUUCUUCUGCCGCAAGCUGCGCACCCUGCUGCUCGCCCACAACCGGCUCCCCCACCUCUCACCCCGCGUGGCCCUGCUGCAGGCUCUGACCCGCCUGGACCUCAAAGGAAACCGCCUGGAGAGCCUGCCUGGGGAGCUGGGGGACUGCGCCGGCCUCCGCAAGGCGGGGCUGAUCGUGGAGGACGCCCUCUACGAGGGGCUGCCCGCUGACGUCCGGGAGAAGAUGGAAGAGGAGUGAGCUCCUGCCCUCCCGCCUCCAC